AUGGUAACAAGAAUGAAGGAAGCCACAAUUAACGUGGCAAAUAUGUUCAGAGAUGUGGACGUGAAAGUGCCGCUUUUACAUGCAUUAAAAAUGCCCCCGAUUAGCAAGUUCAUUAAGGACUACCUGGCAGGGAAGGUGAAUGAGGAGGGCAUAAUGAUUACAGAUGAGAAUGUCUCGGCCGUGAUCCAGCGGAAUGAUCUCCCCUCAAAGAAGACCGACCCAGGACUGUUCACACUCCCAAUUUCAAUUGGGGACGUCCAGGUGGAACACGCCAUGUGCGACUUGGGGGCAUCUAUCAAUGUUCUGCCACACUCCAUCUAUCGGAAGCUGGGGGAGGCCAAGCUAGUCGACACAGAUAUAAUGAUACAGCUGGCCGAUAGAUCAUGUAUUUACCCAGAAGGAAUUCUGGAGGACGUUAUUGUGAAGGUGAAUGACUUUCUAUACCCAGCCGAUUUUUUCGUAAUAAAGAUGACGGAGCCCACCUCCAAGGAGUCGAGUGGAGUCCUACUAGGACGACCCUUCUAG